AUGAGGGCCCUUGUUGGCGAAGUCAGCAAAAAGCCAACUGGGGCCUGUUGGACGGGUUAUCUGUUCAGUUCAGAAGUACUUGGGCCAACCCAUUUUAUGCGGAAACUCGUGCCUAUAAAGUCAAUUGUACCUACUGAAACCAUAUCAUAUGUGGGACUCGUUUACUAUGUCUUCCUUGCUGGCUUGGAAAUGAAUUUAGAUACUAUCCUGCAAGCAAGAAAGAAGGCUACAAGCAUUGCUAUUGCUGGCACUAUUAUUCCAAUGGCAAUGGGGGGUGGCAUGUAUGCUUUGGUUCAAAAACAGUUCAAGAGAAAUGCUGAGUACUUCUCACAGUACAACACAACUGAAGCAUAUUUAUUCUGGGCCUUAAUUUAUAGUGUAACAGGUUUUCCUAUCCUUACUCAAAUCCUUGCAGACCUCAAGCUCAUUUAUACAGGUCUAGGUAGAGUGGCCUUAACAGCAGCCAUGGUUAGUGACUUCUAUAAUUGGGUCAUGUUUGCAAUGUUGAUUCCAUUUGCCAAUAAAGAUAGAAGUGCCACCCACUCCGUGCUAAGCACCAUUAUCUUCGUCCUUUUUUGCUUCAUUGUAAUAAGACCCUAUCUGGUGCAGUUAAUAGUGGACAAAACCAAUCAGAAUGAAUGGGACAAUUACCAGUUGUUCCUUGUUGUCAUGGGAGCUUUUGUAUGUGCUUUUGUUACAGAUAUCCUUGGUACACACCCUGUUGUUGGGGCUCUUGUGUAUGGAAUAAUGUUACCUCGUGGUAAAUUUACUCAAAUGCUGAUAGCUAAGUCUGAGGAUUUUGGAGCUGUUUAUCUGGCUCCACUGUUCUUCGCUAGAAGUGGCAUAAGACUCAAGAUGAUGUAUGUUAUGAGAACCCAAGGUUUGACCCUGGUGGUGCCACUUUUGCUAUUGUCAUUCAUCCCAAAGAUUUUAAGCACUUUAAUAGCAACUAGCUUCUUUGGUAUGCCUUCUCAAGAUGGUGUGGCUCUUGGAGUGCUUAUGAACACCAAAGGCAUCUUACCACUAAUAUUGCUCAACGUUGCCUGGGACAAGAGGAUUUUGAGUGUGGAGUCCUCCACAUUUAUAACUGCAUCUGUUCUUUUAAUGACCCUAUUGGUGCCUCUCAUCGUCAACGCUAUAUAUAAGCCUAGAAAGUUACAUAAGCAAAAGAAAAGAAGGACUAUACAGAACUUAAAGGCUGAAGCAGAGCUCAGAGUUUUGGCUUGUGUCCACAACCCUCGCCAUGCCACAGAAAUUGUCAACAUCAUUGAAGCCUGCAAUACCAUUAAAAUGUUUCCUUUACGUGUGUUUGCUCUUCAGCUUGUUGAACUAACAGGAAAUGUUACUUCCCUUUUAACUGCUCAUAUAAAUCAGCUCAAUCAACAGCAGACUGGAGAACAAGCCCUCACCAAAUCACAAGAAGAAUUGGAAAGCAUUACCAAUAUUUUCAAUGCAUAUGCUGAGGAAAAUAGUAACACUAGGGUAGAGAUCCUUUCUGCUGUGUCCACCUAUUCAACCAUUCAUGAGGACAUAUACAAUGUAGCACAGGAGAAACAAGCAAGUUUGAUUCUCCUUCCUUUUCACAAACAAUCAAGCAUAGAGGGUGUACUAGAGAUAACCAACAAUGCAUUUAAAGACAUUAACCAAAAUGUCAUGAGAGAUGCACCUUGUUCUGUGGGGAUAUAUGUUGAUCGUGGUCUUGGAUCAUUUUACAAAGUCAACUUGCGUGUCAUUAUGAUUUUUAUUGGAGGGCCUGAUGACCAUGAAGCCUUAACUAUUGCAUGGAAGAUGUCAAGGCAUGAAGGGAUCCAACUCUCCAUAGUGCGGAUUUUUUUGCGUGGGGAGGCUGUAGAAGUAGAUACAUCAUCACAGGUUGAAUCUCAUGGGCUAUUAUCUGCAGUACUAGACAAUGAAAAGCAAAAGGAGUUGGAUGAUGAGUAUAUAAGUUUCUUUAGACUCAAGGCAGUUAACAAUGAGGACUCUAUAACUUAUUCAGAAAAAGAAGUACAUUUUGGUGAAGAUAUUCCCACAAUCCUUCAUGACUUGGACCAAAUUGGCUAUGAUUUAUAUAUUUUAGGACAAGGGGUAGGUAGGAACACUAAGGUUAUGUCAGAAUUAAUGCAAAAGACUGAAAGCCCAGAACUUGGAGUUAUAGGGGACAUGGUGGCAUCAAAUGAUUUUGGUUCAUGCUCUUCACUGCUUGUGGUACAGCAAUAUGGGUUUGGUGGUAUGUCAUUUGAGAAAACCACUAAGAAUCCUAGCCACAAUGAUGGCUCUGGACCACUAUUUGUGAAACUAGAAUAG